CAUCCCCGCCCUCAGAUGGACCAGUCGUCUCCAACCUACAUGCUUGCCAACUUAACCCACUUGCAUUCUGAACAGCUUCUGCAAGGCUUGAACCUCCUUCGACAGCAUCACGAGCUCUGUGACAUUAUCCUUAGAGUUGGAGAUGUCAAGAUCCAUGCCCACAAAGUGGUGCUUGCCAGCAUCAGUCCAUACUUCAAAGCCAUGUUCACUGGGAACCUUUCCGAGAAGGAGAACUCAGAGGUGGAGUUCCAGUGCAUCGAUGAGGCAGCCCUGCAGGCCAUCGUGGAGUAUGCCUACACAGGAACUGUGUUUAUCUCGCAAGACACUGUAGAGUCGCUUCUUCCAGCUGCGAAUCUUCUCCAGAUCAAACUGGUAGUGAAGGAGUGUUGUGCAUUUCUUGAAAGCCAGCUUGAUCCUGGCAAUUGCAUCGGGAUUUCUCGUUUUGCAGAGACCUAUGGCUGCCAUGACCUCUACCUGGCUGCUAACAAGUACAUUUGUCAAAACUUUGAAGAUGUUUGUCAGACGGAAGAAUUUUUUGAGCUUACGCAUUCUGAAUUGGAUGAAAUUGUUUCCAAUGACUGCUUGAAUGUUGUGACAGAGGAAACUGUUUUUUAUGCACUAGAGUCCUGGAUCAAAUAUGAUGUACAGGAGCGACAGAAGUACUUAGCGCAGCUGCUGCAUUGCGUUCGGUUGCCACUGCUGAGCGUUAAGUUUCUUACGAGGUUAUACGAAGCAAACCAUCUCAUUCGUGAUGACCAUACUUGUAAGCAUCUGCUAAAUGAGGCCCUAAAAUACCACUUUAUGCCUGAACACAGACUAUCCCACCAGACCAUGUUGAUGACACGACCUCGCUGUGCUCCUAAAGUUCUUUGUGCCGUAGGAGGAAAAGCUGGACUGUUCGCCUGUUUGGAAAGUGUUGAAAUGUAUUUUCCCCAGAAUGACUCCUGGAUAGGCCUGGCACCUCUUAGCAUUCCCCGCUAUGAAUUUGGAAUAUGUGUCCUAGACCAGAAAAUAUAUGUUGUAGGAGGGAUUGCAACCCACGUGUGUCAAGGCAUCAGUUACCGAAAGCAUGAGAAUUCAGUGGAGUGCUGGGACCCCGAUACGAACACUUGGACAUCUCUUGAAAGGAUGUUUGAGAGCCGGAGUACUCUGGGAGUGGUAGUUCUGGCAGGAGAGCUCUACGCCUUAGGUGGCUAUGAUGGGCAGUCUUAUUUACGAACUGUAGAGAAAUACAUUCCUAAAGUGAAGGAAUGGCAGCUAGUGGCCCCAAUGAACAAAACAAGAAGUUGUUUUGCUGCAGCUGUCUUGGACGGAAUGAUAUAUGCCAUUGGUGGUUAUGGUCCUGCCCAUAUGAACAGCAUGGAGCGUUACGAUCCAAGUAAAAACUCGUGGGAGACAGUCGCUUCAAUGGCUGAUAAACGAAUAAACUUUGGUGUCGGUGUCAUGCUGGGCUUCAUUUUUGUAGUAGGUGGACACAAUGGUGUGUCUCACUUAUCGAGCAUUGAGAGAUACGAUCCUCAUCAAAAUCAGUGGACUGUGUGUCGACCUAUGAAGGAACCCAGAACAGGAGUUGGUGCAGCUGUAAUUGAUAACUACCUUUACGUAGUUGGAGGUCAUUCGGGGUCAUCCUAUCUGAACACUGUACAGAAAUACGAUCCCAUCUCGGAUACCUGGCUGGACUCUGCUGGCAUGAUGUACUGUCGAUGCAAUUUUGGUUUGACUGCGCUUUGAUGAAAAGCAGGACUUUACGGACCUGAUGCAAAGAUGGAGCUUAAUCUGCUUGAAAAUAAACCCUGCUAGUGGAGACCAUAAGCUGCAUUUUCUGAAGCUGGAAAGUUGGAGGAAUGUGGUGAAGUUGGGACUGAAAUGAGGAAGGAUUUGUUUUCUUCCGGUAAUUGGCCUUUGUUAGUUUAGUGACAAUGGGCAGAAGGAGUGGAAAGCUUGUUUACCAGCUGGGUUUAGAUAGCGUCCUGUCAAUGGCAGUGAAUUUUGGGAGUACUGUACAUGCCUGGGAUAUGGUUAGAAAACUUACUGUAUAUCUAA